AUGAGGAAUGAUCUUCAUCAGACCUUCGGCGAGAUCUUCAACGGCGACCCAUCCGCUUUCCGCAAGCAAUUACUAGAGGUCCAACCUUUCACAACUGAUCGAAGCAAGGCUGAAAAAUGGGCAAAGAAAUUGCGGUUUCUGGAUAUUUCCGAAAUACCAGAUCUACAGGCAGAGAAGCAGAAACGAGACUGCCGCUACGCACUAGCUAAGGCUCGCGGUUAUUUCUACGAGCGAAAGAUACCGUCACGCGAAGUCCCCAUCACGGAGCGUGAAGAAGACGACGAAGACGCAUACAUUGCUGUCUCAUGGAGAUGGGCUCACUUCGAUGAGCCUGAACCCCCUGUAUUCGAUUAUCGAAUCAGGAGGCCGCAUGCGAAGCGGCACAAAAGUGACUUUCCGGACCGCUACAUGGAUCGGGUAAUACAAUUCGCACAGAGCGUUAAUGUGUCCAAACUAUGGAUCGACAAGGAGUGCAUAUAUCAGAGAUCGGGAGACGAGAGAAAGUGGCCAAAAGACAAGGAACUGGGAGUUCAGAUCAUGGAUCUAGUCUACGGCGACAGUGAAGUCUCGGUUGGCCUACUCACCGUGAAGCUUACGCGUCAACACCAAGUCGAUCUUCUAUCUGAACUCUUACAGGGCCGCAUUUUCGUCGACCCCAAGGACAGAGAAAAUCCAAAGUUGAGACCCGAAGUCAAUGUUCUGGCAGUACAAAAGCUGAUUCGGCGCAUUCUCAGCGACCCUCGCUGGGAUCGUGGCUGGAUCUUCCAAGAAGAUCAUCUGGCCUCGAACAGGAUGACCUUACUCAUACCGUGUUCUGCAAGUGUUCGAAAAGAUCAGGGCUAUGAUUUUGGUGAUAUCCUUGGGGACUUGAAGGUCAAACUCAAGGAUCUCCGACAAAAUGCGACCAUGUUUUGCUUGGCUCGCCCUGAGGAACGGCGGUCUAAUACCGACAUACUGGAAAAGCUCAAACAAUACAAUAUCUGCAACAAGAGCUACACACCGCCACAGGACGACCAUCUGUUGCGUUCCGGGAGGAAUGGCAUUCGCGGUAAUACUGGCGACGACAAGAACUAUCAGCGCGGAAGCAGCUACGAGAUUCCAGCGUACCGAACGACUACGAACUGUGUGCUCGACGAUAUUUGCAGCCGUUCGUUGGAGAACGAGGAGGACAGAAUCGCUAUCCUUGCAAACGCUCUAAGAUUUACUACGCGCAUAGAUAUCGGGAAAGGAUCUCCAAUACAUAAGCCAGACAAAUACAGCCUCUCUGUAGCUCUGCUCGCACUCAUACUAAUGAAUGGGGAGAUAUUGAAGAGUACGACAUGGGGAUCACCUGACCGUGCGCGUCUGCCCUGCGAAAGUAACCUGAUGCAGCACACGUUACAAUCAUAUCUCGCGGCAUGUCAACACGAGUUUAGUGUCCCUAAUCUGCGAUUCCAGCAAACUUUCGUCGACCACUGUCGUCUCAAAUCCCCAACUAUCACGUCUCGUGGUCUUCAGACGGAAGGCUGGCUUUUCGAACUAUUCCCUCGUGAGCGAUCAAGAAUACGAGCAGACCAGCUCAGCCUCCGUCUCACCGAUUCGGAUCGAGAGGCUCUAUCUGAUCUAGGCCGAGGUCCAGUGCUUCGGGGUACGAAGCUCGACGAGGAUGCACAUACGGCAUUGGAUGCACUGAUUCAGAAGUUGGAAGCACUAUGGCCAGGUAGCAAGCUCGCCAGCUACAUGCGCAGACAACUGUUUUUUGAUGAACAUCUGUCGCGAUCAGAUUUACCACCGUCUGCACCGCGACGGGGGAAGGAAGAGGAAGAGGAAGAGGGAUGGUGGCAGCUAUUUAUGAAGUUCCGGCUUUGCGACACCUUCGACUUUGUUCACCGUUCUCUUUACGAUCAUGCAAACAAGAAGCGCACGAGCGUAUCACUUGCUUCUUCACAGCCCUCCAAGAACCAACACCAAUCACUCAAUCAAAGCAUGUCUUCCCAGACUAAAAAGCUCGUCCUGAAAUUAUCUCUUACCCCGCUUACAUACCUGUUCACUCGCGCCAACUCGCUCUUCCAAUCGCAGCGCAGGGCAUGGAAAGACUUCGCCGACAGUGCUCCGGAUCCUGCUCUUGUAAACCUGAUCAAUGGUCCCAUGAAGGAUACUGGAAGACUGCUGAACAUGACACAAAAAUUUCUGCGAAAGCUCAUCGACUUGGCAGAGAUCAAACUGAAGCAAGUAGAAACGGAAGCACAAAUAGCCGGUGCAGAAUGGCUCGCCAACCCGACCGAUCCCAUGAACAACGCCAAAUUCCUCAUGGCGAGAAAGAUUCAUAGCGACUACUUCAAGCAUAUGAGGGAGGCUUGGGAUGUUGGAUUAAAAAUAAUUCCUGGAAUACAGGCGAGAUUUGACGAUAUGGAGGACACGCUCGAGAAGCUCGCUGUGCUCAUACCAAUCGAGGAGCUGGCGCUGCCACUUGGGCCGUUCGUAGUCAAGGGAUUAGAGGUCAACGACAGGAUGUGGGUGUUUGCAAUAAGGUUAUUGGGCAUCGUACGGACGGUUGAUACCCCCCUCGGUGUUGCGACUGUGGCUGUCAACGUCGAAAAGUACCCAGAAGCGGACAAACUUGCGCGAGCAAGAUACAAAUUUGGGGAUUACUGA